GUGAAUCAUUAUUACUACUACCUGUCACUGAUAAAUUGUACUAGAGACAGUACGUGUAAUUAGAUCUCAAAAUUAUCGUGUUUACAGCUUGUCCCAUUUGAAUCGCAUCAGGAUGAAGUGGUACGAAGGAGGCAUCACAGAAGCGGUGUCCUUGUACUCGCAAAAUAAACUGAUCUUCGUUGUUUACAUUGAAGGAAAGGAUGAGAAGUCUGUAACUUUGACUAAGAUGCUGGAUGAUGAUAGGGUCAGCGGGAUGCUGGAGAACCCAAAGUUCAUUACUCUCAAAGUGGAGGAGAAUAGCCUUCCACAUCAACAGUUUUCUGAAAUUUAUAAACAAACGCCUGUACCUUCUAUUUAUUUCAUUGGUUCUGGAUCCACUCUGGAAAUUGUCACAGAAUCAAAGGAUGCUGCAGAUCUUGCGAAGAAAAUCAAUGAAAUUUUAGUUAAAGGUGGUGAAAGCCCUAUUGCUAUACAAACUGAAAAUUUUCUACAAAGUGAAGCAGCAGCAUCUAGCAGUAAUGCAGAGUGUGUGGGAGAGGCCUGCUCUAUUAAACCUUCUGAAGUUGCGGAGCCUUUAAAACCCGAGGAGAAUAACGCCGCGUUAAGCGUCGAGGAAAAGCUGAAAUUAGCGCAAGAUCUGAUCGAGAAGAAGCGGGCUAUGAAAAAAGUCGAAGAAGAAGAAUUGGAGAAGUCCAAGGAAAUUGAGCGCCGCAAGAUGGGUCACGACGUGCAGAAAAUGAAGCGCUGGCAGCAGGAUCAGGAGAUCAAGCAGAGAAUGGAGGAACGGGAAAAGGAAAAACGCGAGGAAAAGGAAGCCAGAGACAAAGUGCGCAGGCAAAUUGAAGAAGAUAAGAGAGAGAAAGCCGCUCGCAUGUCAGCAUCUCCGCCUGCUGCAGCUGCCACUGUGCAACAGAGGAGGGUCCGACCUAACGAUUCAAACUCUUCCAGACUUCAGUUCCGCUUACCGGAUGGUAGUUCUCACACCCACGAUUUUCCCUCUUCUGUGCCUCUCCAAGAGGUCAUCAACUUCGUGAAGGAAAACUUGAUCGUUGGCUUCACCAACUUCGUACUUUCCACCACCUUCCCACGCCGCGAGUUUCAACCGGAGGAAGCAAACGAAACUCUUUUAAAUCUGGAAUUGGUCCCGAAUGCUGUCAUCCUCGUGCUGCCGGUCUCACGUGCAACCGUGAGCACAAACAAUCCAAACCAAUCCUUGUCCAUUUUCUGGCAGUUGUUGGCUCCACUUUUCACCAUAUGGAACUACAUGAAAUCGUUCCUGUUCAAAGAUCCUCCGCGACAGAGUAACGAUAACAAUACUAGACUGGCCUCGACGAGUCGACCAAGAGCACCGAAGAGGGAGGCUGGUGAAUCCGUAAUUAAGAGGCAAGGAAACGUGCACAAGCUGUCGGAUAGGGACAGCGAGGAUGAAAAUAACACCUGGAAUGGAAAUUCCACCCAACAAAUGUAAUAUUGUGCCAUGUUGCUGUUCCCCUGUAUCUUGUAUAUUUUCGUUUACCUAAUAUCUUUAUUGAAUUUCGAAGCAAUUGUUCUAUAAGUUGUUAAUGUUAUGCAUUUUCGGAAUGGCAACAUGAUCGUUCGAUGAAUGAAUGUAUACAUAUAGACAGUUUUAACUAUAAUAAAUUUUAAAAUCAA